GCGCCACAGGCGGCGGGGCCGCGGGCCGCGAAGGAUGUGCGGGCGCGGGGCGGCCAGCCUGCCCGGAGGUCCCGGGCCGCGGCGGCCGAGGCUCCCCGGCGUCCUCCGCCUGCUGCUGCUGCGGCUGCUGCUGCUGCUGCUGCUGCUCGCCCCGCCGGGCGCCGGCGCUCGGGCCGCCGGGCCGCCGCACCUGGUCUUCGUGCUGGCGGACGACCUGGGCUGGCACGACGUGGGCUUCCACGGCUCGCGCAUCCGCACGCCGCACCUGGACGCGCUGGCGGCCGCCGGGGUGCUCCUGGACAACUACUACACGCAGCCGCUGUGCACGCCCUCGCGCAGCCAGCUGCUCACCGGCCGCUACCAGAUCCACACAGGUUUACAACACCAAAUAAUCUGGCCCUGUCAGCCCAGCUGCGUCCCUCUGGAUGAAAAACUCCUUCCCCAGCUUCUAAAAGAAGCAGGCUACACUACCCAUAUGGUCGGAAAGUGGCACCUGGGAAUGUACCGGAAAGAAUGCCUUCCAACCCGCCGAGGAUUUGAUACUUACUUUGGAUAUCUCCUAGGUAGUGAAGAUUACUAUUCCCAUGAGCGCUGUACAUUAAUUGAUGCUCUAAAUGUCACACGAUGUGCUCUUGAUUUUCGAGAUGGUGAAGAAGUUGCAACAGGAUAUAAAAAUAUGUAUUCAACGAACAUAUUUACUGAAAGAGCUACAGCCCUCAUAUCUAACCAUCCACCAGAGAAGCCUCUAUUUCUCUACCUUGCUCUUCAGUCUGUCCACGAGCCUCUCCAGGUCCCCGAGGAAUACCUGAAACCCUACGACUUUAUCCACGAUAAGAACAGGCGUUACUAUGCAGGAAUGGUGUCUCUCAUGGAUGAAGCAGUGGGAAAUGUCACGGCAGCCUUAAAAAGCCACGGGCUCUGGAACAACACGGUGUUCAUCUUCUCCACGGAUAACGGAGGACAGACGCUGGCGGGGGGCAACAACUGGCCGCUUCGAGGACGAAAAUGGAGCCUGUGGGAAGGAGGCGUUCGAGGGGUGGGCUUCGUGGCGAGCCCCCUGCUGAAGCGGAAGGGGGUGAAGAGCCGGGAGCUCGUCCACAUCUCCGACUGGCUGCCCACCCUCGUGGGGCUGGCCGGGGGCAGCACGAAGGGCACCAAGCCUCUGGAUGGCUUCGACGUGUGGAGGACCAUCAGCGAAGGAAGCCCGUCCCCCAGAAUGGAGCUGCUGCAUAAUAUCGACCCCAACUUUGUGGAUAUUUCACCAUGUCCUGGGCAGAGCCUGGCUCCAGCAAAGGAUGAUUCUUCUCAUCCAGGAUAUUUCUCCUUCAACACAUCUCUCCAUGCUGCAAUUAGACACGGGAACUGGAAACUUCUCACUGGCUACCCAGGCUGUGGUUGCUGGUUUCCUCCACCGUCUCAGCACAACGUCUCUGUGAUCCCCUCUUCGGACCCACCGACCAAGACCCUGUGGCUCUUUGAUAUUGACCAGGACCCAGAAGAAAGACAUGACCUGUCGAGUGACCACCCCCACGUUGUCAAGCAGCUCCUUUCCCGCCUGCAGUUCUACCACAAACACUCGGUGCCUGUGUACUUCCCGGCGCAGGACCCCCGCUGUGACCCCAAGGGCACCGGGGCCUGGGGCCCGUGGAUCUAGGCCUCCCCGGCGGCCUGCGACAGCCAGGCCACCUUUGUGCUACAAGCUGGACUUCAGGCCUUCACUCCUGUGUCUCUUGUCUCAUUUGCUCUCCCAGCCCAGGUUCACCUGGCCCCCCUCUUGUUCCCAGCCCUCCCUGAGGUGUCUCAUUUCAACCCCCAGUGCACUGAAGAGGCUGACGACGCCCGCAGCGCCCCUGCUGUUGGCCAGGGUAUGUGUCUAGAGGCUGAGUUCAGCCUCUUUUUCCUGAGCCAUGGGACCGCUGGGAACUCGGCUUGAAAUAGGAAGUUCUCGUCGAUUCCCGGAGGCUGGAACAGCUGGCUCUCUUUGCCUCACAAGUCAGAUGUUAGACUUCCCUCUGCCAAUAGCUGGGUUUUAUUGGAGUGCCUCAUGUUUCUUGUAACGAAUGUGGGGAGCAGACAGUUUGUAAUGGUUCUGCUGGCCGGGGGAUCUCCCCGUCUGUGAGAUAUCAUGUUCGGGCAUGCCAUGAAUAACCCCCCAGGUUCAGCCCUCACUUACUCACCCUGUCACUCAUCUCAUGAUGGAGUAUAAGGCCCGUCUCAUAGUUAUGGUCAGCAUGGCAAUAUGCCUGCUUCUCGGUUUGGGUUAUUACAAUAAAAAAAAAUUGUGGUUUUAUCCCCAGUUUUUCUUUCCAGCUGCUGCUCAUUUUGUCUAGACUUCCUGCUACCCCCUCUCCCCUGCGGUUCUUUUCCUAACCUCCUCUUCACUCAGGCAUCCUGUGCCUAGGAAGGCUGCCUCGCCUCCCUACUCUGAAAACCACUGGUUUUUUGGAACACUGCUGUGGCCUGCCUUCCCUUCGCCUCUAACCCUGAAACUGGAGCCCCACCCAGGGAAGGUGGUCAAGUCUGGCCCUGCAGGCACGCUUGUGGUGGACAGGAGGGGCUGGGCAGGUGAUGUUCAACUCUGUGUCAUCUGUUUGGUAAAGAUUUUUCUAAGUUGCAUGGAGUUUAUUAUCAUGAUGGUGGCUUUGUCUUCUAAUGUAUUAAGAGUUGCAUGCUAUUCCCCAGCAAUGAGGAGAAACCCCAGGAAACAAUAAUAUUGUCUUGGGAUGAUGGAAGUGGGCGGUUUGAAAGGAAAUGGCCAGCAUCCGAGAUACCAGGCCUCGGUAAAGCAAAGGAGGGCACAUCUACGUUUCUCUUGUUCCGUUUUACUGCUCGUAUUAAGGUUCUGGGGUUGGGGAAAGAGGAUGGGCAGUUUGACCUGCUGACCCUUUCUCAGUCCCACUGAUGUCCUACUAAUGCGGGUCAAUCCAGAAUAGCUCUCAAGAGUGUCAGAUUUAGUACGUGCAAAAACGAUAUUCUUUUUCCUAUUAGCUCCACUGUUUUGUUCACUCCUUGUCACCCAUGCCUGGAUCAGUGCCAGUUACAAAGAAGGCAGUCAAUACUUUUUUUUUUUUUAAUGUAUGAAUGGACAGUUGAACAAAUGAGAAAGUUGCAUACCAUGAAAGUACGGCUAAACACAGGGCUAAAUUAAAUAUCUCCAACUGUUGCUUUUCUCUUCUCAAGCUGUCCUCCUGGGGUAGGAGCAGAGUCUGUGUGUCUGGACAGUCACCGUACACUCCAUAGUGAAGCCAUGGUGUCCUCUUCAAGAGGGAAUAGGGAAAACACACCUGCCAAAGAUACUCUUUGGGCAAUAAUCCUUAGUUCUAUUCUUUAUAGGACACUAGAAAUUAAAACCAGCAAAUAAUGUGCUAUAGGUCCUUGUAUAGCAUCCUUCAAUUUAGUAGCAGUACUUUCUGGUCACUACUAAUAUGUAUUGUAUUAAAAUAAGACGAUUGGAAGACAAUGGUGCUAGAGCUAAAGACACCUAUUACCAACCUUUACCCCACUCCUGGGUUGGGAAACAGCUGGUCAAAAUGCCAUCACCUACUACUCCCACACCUGUGGUGGAUACUAUGAACUGAGCCCAGAUGUUCCUCUGGAUCCUUCUAAUCCCAGUGUCUAUUAAUACCAUAAGAUUAGAGGCCAUCACCACACAACAGCCAUCAGCUCUCCCCACUGUGCUCCCAGGGCUGGCCCAGUUCUAGUCCCUUGGUGGCCAGGUACAACAUGGAUAUUCUACACUCAGUCGUUUAAAGGGAGUUGUAAACACUAAUUGUUGUCAAACUUUUGAGAUUUCAUUUUAUCCAUGAUAGAAUGUAUCCCAUUAGGUUUCUUUAUUCCAUAUGAGAAUGUGAACAGAUUCACAUUAAUGUGGUUUCUUUCCAAAUUUGCGUAACUUUAAAGAAAAGUUUUAUUGAUUUAAUUGUUUUUCUUUGUUAGUACAUGAUUGUUCCAGAUGUGGAGAACAAAAAGUUUUUAUCCUUUAAAAUGUGUCCAUAGGGAGUUUCCAUUUGGGUGGUGAACAAGUUCUGAAACUACACAGUGGUGAUGUUUGCACAGCAUGCCUCUGAAUUGUAUACUUUAAAAUGGUUUAAAUGAUAACUCUUAUGUGGUUUUUUAACGUAUUGGCCAAUUUUAUGGUAUGUAAAUUACAUCUCAAUGAAACUUUUAAAUAAAUAAA